ACAGUAUCUAUCUCACUGUCUCUCUCACACACACACACACACACACACACAGAGAGAGAGCCCGAUGGAUAUGUGACCUGUUUCCUACAAGUGCAGAAGCCGAGAAAGUCAACAGUGACUGGGACAUGCUGAGUCCAAAGAAGAGCGCCACAUUCAUGUUUAUGUAUUUUAUUUGUUUAUUCCACGAUUUAACUCGGUAUGGCAGGCGUGCCUCUUUCAUCAAGUACCUUCGGAAAGGUCUGCAUCCUGAUCAUGGUCCUCGGGGCUAUCCAACUGCUUUACAUCCUGUACUGUGAGGAAACCUGGUCGAUUCUGCCAUUUUUAAACAGCACCAGAGUGCCAGGAAACAGCAGCACGACGUCAGAAACAGUAAUACACAGAGCCAUCGUGUCAACGGAGAAGAACUUGGAGAUUUGUCCGGAAACACCUCCACAUUUGGUGGGUCCAAUGAACAUAAAUUUCACACACCCAAUACAAUUAGAGAUAAUGCAGAAAGACAACUCUGAGGUCGUGGAAGGGGGUCGCUGGUGGCCCAGAGACUGCAUUGCCCGGCAGAAGGUAGCCGUCAUCAUCCCCUUCAGACACCGUGAGUUCCACCUCAAGUACUGGCUCCACUACCUCCAUCCCAUCCUGCAGAGACAGCAGCUGGACUAUGGCAUCUAUGUCAUCAAUCAGUAUGGAGAAACGACAUUCAACCGGGGCAAGCUGAUGAACGUGGGCUAUGCAGAAGCCCGGAAGCAGUAUGACUAUGGGUGCUUCGUCUUCAGUGACGUGGACAUCAUCCCCAUGGACGACCGAAACUUCUACAAGUGCUACAGUCAACCAAGGCACCUUUCUGUGGCUAUCGACAAGUUUGGGUUUCGGCUGCCAUACAUGCAGAUCUUCGGUGGUGUGACGGCGCUGAGCUUGGAGCAGUUCACGAAGAUCAACGGCUACCCCAACAACUACUGGGGUUGGGGAGGAGAAGAUGAUGACGUCUCCCAAAGGGUCUCCAUGAGGGGCAUGUCCAUCUCCAGGCCUGAUGGUCAAACUGGGAGAUGCCGUAUGAUCAAACACCAUAGUGAGGCUCACAAUGAACCCAACCCAAAGAGGUUCGACAACUUAAGACUCACUGGACAAACCAUCAACAGCGACGGUCUCAGUUCCCUGCAGUACCGUGUCAUUAGUGUCGAGAAGAACCCUCUUUACACGAACGUCACAGUGGACAUCGGCAGCCCAUGAACUUUUGUCAAACAGCAUGAUGCUGCUGCAAUAAGCCACCUCUAUCAGUUUGUCGUAAUGUCUCGAGACAACUUAUGGGGUGGUACAAAUAAAGAGCUCUUUUCCAAAA